UUGAGCACUUUGCUUGCCGAUUUGAUUUCAACUCCGUCCCUUAUUUUCGUGAUCAUUGUCGAAAUUAUUUGUGGUCUAUAGCUUUUGAAGUUAUAUCAACUUUUGCCCCAUGCUAUGACACCAUGAACUUGCACUUGUUCGAACACAUUUUGAAUCGAUUCCACAUCAACAUCAACCACUUGCGAGAUUGUAAGCGAGUUUUCAACAGUUUUGAAAAUCAAACCCAACCGUCAUGUUGAACUUCAUUCUAAAAAAUCACAAGGCUUCAGCAGGAGGAAGUUUAAAAUGUCAACUUCAGAUAAGAAACAAAUCCAGGGAGCACGCUGAGCAUAUUCAUAGCGUGCAAGGUGAAUUGCACAUUUGGGAGUUGAGGGCUCAGAAUCGUUAUGAGGCCUCUUUUAUAACGGAUUGGAAGUCUCGAGCUGCAUCCGAAGGCAAACGAGUGAUCGGCAAAUGCGACUUUCGAGGCGUUGCUUGGGUUAUCGUCACCUACGUAUUGGAUUCCACGGAGGUACUGGUACCAAAAUUGUUGAAACCGAACGAACAGGCUGAAGUAUAUUUCAAGAACUGUUUGAAGAGCGUCAAGUAUCCUACUUUUCGAGGAAAGACGUUUCAACUUCGAGCCAAGUUGAAAGUAACAACGAUGCAAAGUGAAAAACAAGGAAAUAACUUGGUCUCCUGGUUCCCGGUUCAGAUUUUCCCACCCAAUAGUACGAGGAUUCUGCCAAAUGAGCCAUCAGAAAAAACAGAUGACACACGGCCCGACGAGAUGUCCACACAUGACUUGAAAGUGUCCCCAAAAACGCAAUUAAAGAACAAUUGCACCAAUCCCUUUCUCCCUGCAUCCGAACAAUCGGAGGACCUUGAACUUCGGCGGAUGUCAAUGCAACCUGAGCGGAAGGAACCAGUAUUCGCUCGGAUUAGCGAUUCAAACGGAGAGAUUGCCAAAAUGUUACUGAUACGAACUGACGUGAAACCCGGGGACAUCUUGUGUGGCUUUUUGGAUUUUCGAUCGGGGACCUCUGUGUGCACGGAGUACUGCGUCAAACUAGUGGCAAUUGAAGAAGUGCCCGACGGUAUUGCCCCUCAGAUGAACAAGAAGAAGCCCAAUAAAUCAAAGACCGAGGAAUCAAAUUAUUAUGGAACAGUUAGUGAAGUCGUACUGGGUUUGGAUACGACCAGUUUUGAUAUGGCCAUACCUCCCCUCGCCACGCCUACCUUCAGCUCAAACUCAAUACGGUUGAAGUGGGUUUUGAGGUUCGAGUUUGUCAUCACCACGAAAGAGUAUCUUCUGCAAUUUACGAAAUCUAAAACGACGUGGCGUGCGCCCGCCAAAAUGCAUGUAAAAAGUCGGAUAUGGGAGACGGAACUCCAUGUGCACAGUUUUUGAAAUGUUGGAGGUUUAUUAAUAACAAAGCAUUUUAGCAAGUUGACUAUUUAUAAGAAGACAUUAGGAUAAGAGCCUGCCCUCCGUUAUCACAAGGAUCACUGAUAUGGCUUAUCUCGUCCUCCCAUCUGAAAGGAAACCGAUUCAUGUUCAUUUCCAAUAAUAAGUGGCAAAUUGGAAUAUUUAUCUUUGCUCACGUUAA